UACACACCAUUUUGCCAACAAAAACAACACGCGGCCUCCUCUUUCCCCGGGCGGCGGCGAUGACUACCCGCAGAGCCAAAAAGCGAAAAUGGCAGGAGGCCGAGUUGGUCGCCGGCGUCUCACCACCGGCGAACGACAAGCGCGAAGUCGGGGAAGGUCCCGAGCUGAUCAGCGACCUCCACGUCGACGUUCUCCGGCGCAUCAUCUCGCUCCUCCCCACCAAGGAUGGCGCCCGCACCCAGAUCCUCUCCACCAGGUGGCGCCCCCUCUUCCGCUCCGCCCCGCUCAACCUCGGCGUCGUUCUCCGCCGCGAAGACGAGCCCGUCCCCUCCAGCCUCGUCUCCCGCAUUCUCGCCGACCACCAGGCGCCCUGCCGCCGGCUCUCCCUUACCUGGUACGGCUACAAAUCUGACUAUGUCUCCCCAUUACUGAACGGCUGGCUCCAGUCACCAGCCUUCAAAGGCCUCUCUGAGUUCGAUCUGUGGCAAAACCGCAAGGAAAUCGGCAAGGAACUUUGGCUAGUGCCAAGGGAGGAGGUUCCAUAUGCACUGCCGCCGUCCGUGCUCCAGUUUUUACCCGCCCUCCACAUCCUCAGCAUCAAGUGCACCGGCUACAUGAUCCAUUUCCCCUCUGCGGCCACAUUGGCCGGCGAUCUACAUUUCCCCAAACUCAAGCAGCUCACACUUAAAGGUGUCGUCGUCUCGGAGGUCGUCCUCCACCGUGUUCUUGCUGGAUGCACUGCACUGGAGAGCUUGGUGCUUAGUGAAUUGGAUGGUGUCCGUGGUGUUCGGGUCAACUCGUCCACCCUUAGGAGGCUAGGUGUGUGGUCUGGUUGGCCAAAUGAACCGGAUGAAUUGUUGCAAGAAGUCAUUGUUGAGGAUGCCCCUCUCCUAGAAAAGUUGUUCCUGUCUGGACUAGAUUGUGACCUAUCAGUCCGUGUGCUUUGCGCACCCAAACUGGACUUCCUGGGUUCUCUGCCAGAAGGGUUCACCAAAGGCAAGCUUGAAACAAAUGUUCUUCAGGGAUUUCUCGCUGUCAAUUUGAUGAAUGUGGUGCGAGCCGUUAAAGUGUUGGUUCUGCGCAUUUCCCCUCCAAGUGUCGAUGAUGCCAUUGACUUUGUGACAUUCUUUCCUUGCUUGGAGAAGUUAUAUGUCUUGUUAUAUCGGACUGGGGCAUCAAAAAGAGCACGACACAGUUUUCCACUUGGCUAUAUUGAAUGUUUGGAGCUCCAUCUCAAAAAAGUAGUGCUGAUAAACUAUCAAGGAACACCUAGAGAUGUUGAUUUUGCAAGGUACUUUCUUUUGAAUGCAAAAGUGUUAGAACAUAUGGAGUUUGCAUCACGCACUGCAAUAAAUCGAAAGAAAUACAUUUCUGAAUGGAGAGCUGGCCAGCACAGAAAACUACAACUGGAUAACAGGGUUUCUCAAGGUGCUCAGUUUAAUUUUAGUUGUGACUCUUACUACGGAGACGAGAUACAUAUUGGGCACAUCCAUGAUCUGACUAUUAGCGAUCCCUUUGAUAGAUCAUCGUGUCGAUGCCAUGACGUUGAUUUCCUUUGAGAUACUCUCAGCUCUUGCGUUCUCAUUUCACAGUUUGGGAAAUCCUUGGAUAAUAUUUGUAAUAUUUGAUGUUUGCUUUUGUUGGAACAUCUGUAUUUCAUUGCCCAUGUAGGUUGCUACAUCACAUCCAUAUUCCGUGUUUUUAUUUUUCUAUAGUUUCCGUGCAGUAUUGCAUCUGUGCUCUCCCAAUUUAGACAAUGGAGUUGUCAGAGUUGUGUGACUGUUUCUCC